AAAGAGACUAGCUUCAUUAAUGAAAGAGAAUAUAUUGAUUACCUCUUCCUCACUAUCAAAAUUUAAUGAUACAUUACACAAAAUAAAAAUUAAUGAAGCAAGGCUCAAUGAUGCUAUUGAUGAACUCUCUGUAAAGCUGAGGAAUAUAACCAAAAUAACUGAAAAUAUAAACAUCGAAUCUAAAAUAAAUUCAAUCUUGAGUAGUCUAGAAGCUUCUAUGUUAACCUUGUCGUUUCAACUUGCUGAUAUUACAAAUGCAAUUAUUCUAAGUAGUCAAAAUAUUUUGCACCCUUCUGUUUUACCUCCCACUCAGCUUUACCUAGAACUCGUCGAUAAUUACCGAUACUUACCUGUAGACUAUAAGUUACCUGUAUCCUUAGAGCUAAGUAAUGUUCAUAUUCUAAUGAAUUUGUCUAGAGUUAUAUGUUAUAGUUUAUACAAUAAGAUAAUAUUCAUAUUGAAGAUACCCUUAGUGUCUCCAAAUAACUUUAAUUUGUAUCGAAGCAUAGCUUUGCCGACACCGUAUAUGAAUAGUAAAUCCGCUGCAUUUAGUUUUGUCCUUCCAAAUUCAAAGUACAUAGCUGUAACAUCCGAUAAAUCAGAAUAUUGUAAGCUAGAUACUCUAACCAAUUGUAAGAAUAUCAAUGAUAAUAAUUACCUGUGUGAUGUCUUGAAUAUUUUCUCAUCUAUGGCAAAUCCUUGUUGUGAAAGUGAAAUCUUACUGAACACUGUUAAUAAAAUGCCUGAUACGUGUCAAACAGAGUUUAUUCAUGGAAAACUAGAUAUCUGGAAAACCCUCGAAAAUAAUAACUGGCUAUUCAUCCAAUCUCACAAUAAUAAGUUAUUCAUAGAAUGCCCCCAACAGACUGUCAUUGAAGAGAAUAUUUAUGGCAUCGGAAUCGUUCAUGUUCCCCGAAAUUGUAAAGCAUUUUGUAAAAGCACAAAGUUAAUUCCUAAAUCCAAUGAAAUUUACUAUGUUAAUUUCACGAAUAGUCCGGCAUUAACUGAUUUUCAUAUUAAUAAUGACUCAUGCUGUAAUUUAGAUAAGUUCAUGAGUAGAAUGGAUAACGAGUCUCCACUUGAAUUAGUAAAUAUCGAUCUGGACGCUUUCACCGAAGAGACCAAAAAUAGAUUAAAAACAAUCUCGGCGGCCUCAGACAAAAUUAUUAAUCAAAAUCCAAUUAUUAAAUAUGGAACUCAUUAUUCAAUCCUGCUUUCUCUAGUAUUAGUAUUAAUGUUUUUAUUUUGUAUUUUUAAAAUUUAUAAAUUAAUGAAAUUACGCGGCCUGACCUUGACCUUAACAAAGACUCCUGUAGAAAAUCCUUCAGACUCACCUGUGACCAUAGAAAUUCCUAACGAACCUGAAAUCAUCCCAUCUCCCAGUAUUAGAAGAAAUCUCUGAAAUUUCUAAACUUCAAGAAAUUAUCCCUGAAGUUUAGUCUCACCCCGGGAGGUGUUAUAUCCCGAUCCUGUUAGUAGUAUUGCUUAUCCCCUUCCUUUCCUGUCCUGUCAGCAUUUAUCCCUUGAUCAGACUAAGUCCCUAUACAGUCAGUCCACUCCCAACUCUCGUACGGAACGGUUGUCGCUAAAUUUAUAAAUUAAUUGUAUAAGUUCAUUUCUUCGAAUAAAUAUUAUUUUUUAAAAAGAGAUUUUUAUUAUCUCGUAU